GACACUGCUUAGUACACCACGGCUUUCUUGCUACUUGACCAGCACAUACAACAGCCAGCCAUGACUCUCGCACCUCCAAAGUACUACCCAGCAGACGACUCAUCCCUCCCAAAGAAGAACAGGAAAGUCCAGAACCCAACCAAGCUUCGUUCUUCCCUCACACCCGGCACUGUCUGCAUCAUUCUCGCCGGCCGUUUCCGUGGAAAGCGCGUGGUCGCCCUCAAGCAGAUCAACGACACCGUCCUCGUCUCAGGCCCCUUCAAGGUCAAUGGCGUGCCCCUCCGUCGUGUGAACCCAGCCUACCUCAUCGCCACCUCAACCAAGCUCGAUCUCCCAUCAGCCCUCUCGCUCGAGAAGUUCGACAACGCCUACUUUGCGCGGGAGAAGGUUCCUAAGGGCAAGAAGUCAGAAGGUGACUUCUUCGGCGACAAGAAGGAGAAGAAGGCACCUGCCGCUUCUCGUGUAGAGGACCAGAAGACCGUCGACAAGGAGCUCAUCAGCAUCAUCAAGGGCACACCAGACUUGCGCGCGUACCUCGCCUCGUCGUUCUCCCUCAGCAAGGGCGACCGUCCUCAUCUCAUGAAGUUCUGAAGCAGAACGCCAGUAGCAUCUCGCAUUACGCCACGGCUCUUUGGCUGCAAGGCCAUCUGUAAAAGCAUCACACAAAAUCACUCGGAGCCACUUGCAAGAGUGUUGUCUUCCGCUUUCCUUGCCUUGUCUUUACCCGUGUCUGCGAUGAUAAGAUACAAGCUUGUGACACUUUGUGCCUUACACAAUGAUUUACACAACAAAUUCCGUGACUCGUGUCCUGCUUGUAGAUUUGUAUGCUAUGUCUUAGCAAUUCUUCUAACUACUCUAUUUGAAGCAUGAUGCCUAUGCCUUGUUGACGUAGCCAAAGGA